CGCACAGCACUCCGAACCUAGCGCGCUUCGCACAGUUACAACGCAGAACCGAAGAAUGGGCUCGCCACACACCAAGCUCGCCACUGCGGCGUUGCUGGCGCUCCUGUGCCUCCUCUCCGGCGCGGCUGCUAAGAGCAGCUACAAGAAGAGCAGCAAGUCCAGCAAGAGCGAGUACCCCAAGGCGCCCAAGGGCGCCAUUCUCGCGACCGCGGAGCUGAAGGCUGCCGCUGGCGUCAAGAGCAGCGGAGGCAAGGGAUACGCCUACUUGCUACUUGAGAAGGGCGGGCCCUACACCUCCUACAUCAAGCUCACCGGCAAGCUGCGUAAAGUCACCAUGGCGCACGUGCACUGGAUGAACGCCACUGCCAAGAAUCCGAUUCGCCUGGGCCUGUUCCCCAGCAUCACCGCCCCCCGCACUGCCGUGCUGCUCAACCCGCCCUUCUCCUACAACAAGGUGGGGGCGGCCUGGGAGCCGCCGCGGUCCCGCCGUUGACGGGAUUUGUUCCUCCGCAAAUUUAAUGGCUGUGGCUGGGUCCCACGGCCGCAGCGAGGGGGGUUGCGACGGGCAUGGCAUGGCAUGGCUUGGUGCCCUUAACAAUCUCUGUGUUAAACAAUAGCAAAAGGAAAUUUUCUGUGUGUGUAUCGUGUGUGCUUGUGACAUGUGCGCACUUCGAUGUUCGUGUUCGCUGUCCACACUUGACUGCGCGCAGGGUGAGGUGAGCUUUGAGCGGCCCUGGAACGCCACGGACAUUGGCUACUGGGACACCAGCCUUGACACCUUCCUGA